UCAGAAACCAGUUUAGAAAAAUCCCCGUUGAAGAGAGAGGACGGUCUGGUGAAUGUCACCCACUGAGCAGCAAAAUAAGAGAUUUCUCUGCGCGUAAUUUGGAACAGUUGCAUCCUGAGCUUCUGCAACACAUCGUUCUGCGCAUCGAGGAUACAUUUAAAAGGUUUGCUUUCGCCAUUUGAACUGGACUUGUUUUGGUUUGGUGUGCGCAAUGAUGGCCACUUACCAAAACCCAGAGGAUGACGCAAUGACUCUAAUGACCCACGACACCAACACCACCAAGGAGAAAGAGCGACCCAAAGAGGAGCCGGUCCAGGAGAAAGUCCCGGAGAAAGCGGACCCGUCCCAGAAACCUCCGUACUCCUAUGUGGCUCUCAUCGCCAUGGCCAUCCGGGAGAGCACCGAGAAGCGCCUCACGCUGUCCGGCAUCUACCAGUAUAUCAUCACCAAGUUCCCCUUCUACGAGAAGAAUAAGAAAGGCUGGCAGAACAGCAUCAGACACAACCUGAGUCUCAACGAGUGCUUCAUCAAGGUUCCUCGGGAGGGCGGCGGGGAGAGGAAAGGGAAUUACUGGACGCUGGACCCGGCCUGCGAGGACAUGUUUGAGAAGGGGAACUACCGGAGACGUCGUAGAAUGAAACGGCCGUUCAGACCUCCACCGACGCAUUUCCAGCCCGGGAAGUCCUUGUUCGGGGGGGACGGCUAUGGCUACCUGUCGCCACCAAAGUACCUGCAAUCCAGCUUCAUGAACAACUCCUGGUCGCUCGGUCAGCCGCCUCCUCCCAUGUCCUACACGUCCUGUCAGAUGGCCAGCGGCAACGUGAGUCCGGUGAACGUGAAGGGUCUUUCAGCACCUUCCUCUUAUAACCCGUACUCCCGGGUGCAGAGCAUGGCGCUGCCCAACAUGGUGAACUCUUACAACGGCAUGAGUCACCACCACCACCCGGGGCACCCCCACCAUGGGCAGCAGCUGAGCCCGGCCUCCGCGGCUCCCCCCUCGGUCUCCUCCAGUAACGGAGCCGGCCUUCAGUUCGCCUGCUCCCGCCAGCCCGCGGAGCUCUCCAUGAUGCACUGCUCUUACUGGGAACACGAGUCCAAACACUCGGCGUUACACACGAGGAUUGAUAUUUAAAAGCUUACCAAAAAUGGUCUGUGUGUAAACAAAAAAAUGAGGACUCUGAGAGUGAGGUAAUUCCUGUGAUUUCAAAAAAGAACCAAGAGUAUUUUUGACGCGCUGCUCGGGUCCUGCCGAUCGAUGGGAAAGUAAGCUCGAGUGGACAGUUUUACAAAACGGAACCGGGAGGUAAAGAAGCCAUCAGGACACAUCAGGUUGCACACACUCUGGGAACCAUUUCGUGCGCCUGAAUUACACUUGGACUGAUGGCUGUAAUAACCCGGCAUUGUAGUCAUAAUCGUGCCUUUGGAAAGAGUUUCCACGGGGAUAGACAUUGCUGAUAUUGCUUCAGCUGUGUUAUUGUGCGUAAUGGUUUCUCUCGUCUUUACGCACGGCUUUUUUUUUUUUAAACCAUUGCCAAAUGAAACUUGAUGCCCUAAAUAAUUCAGUGCUUUAAUAUGUGAUUGAAUCAGAGCUCUAUUUAGCCCUCUUGCAUUGAGAAGGCCGAAACUUCACCCUGACACGGUUGUAAACUUUGUUGGGUUAAAGGUGAAAGUGUGGAUAGAAAUCCACCAGACUGCCAAUUCAGGGUUUUCAUAUUUCUUGAUCCCAGUGUAAAUGUAUGAUAUCAUUUCCAAUAUGACGCCAGCCAGCCAGUGCCAGGUUUUGUAAAUCUUUCUGAUUAUUAUUUUUGUUUUUUUAUAAACGUGAUUAGCUUUAUUUGUCUCAUUCAUGUUGGGGCCAUGUUUCAUUUUAAUUAGCACUUUCCCCUCUUUUCUAGGUUUGUGAAUUUCUUAAUAAACUUGUAUUUCUAAAAGUAA